AGAGGUAAGAAAUUAUGUGUCAGAAUAUGUGAUCACUUUGAAUAUUUAUGUUAAAAUUUACAUUCUAUUUUGACAGCUUUUCAUUUUUUGUUUACAUAAAUUAUGCAUACUAUUUCAUUAAAUUGAGAUACAUAUUGUACAGUUGCAAGAUGCGAUAAAACUUUAAAUAUUGUAUUGCAGAAAAAGAAUUCUUUUAAGAUGAAGUUGUUCUUCCUCGCCGUAACAAUCUUCUGCCUCUGUGAACUAUUUCCCCAGUCGGAGGCUGUUUCCUCUCAUUGUGGUUAUCAUGCUUUGAAUCACUACUACACCACGCGUUGUAACUCUACGUACUGCACCACGUACUACAAAGUCAAAUACGGAUACUGCUCAUCCUAUGGGUAUCUACGUUAUGAGGCGAACGUUUACUAUAAUGGUAGACAGCUUUAUUAUUACAUCACAUAUUACAGAAAUGGCAAGAGAGCACUAGACGCAGGAAAAGAAGCCCUGGAAAAAAUCAAAAUAGCGAGAGGAAGCACCAACGAGAAGAAAUCUGUGAAAACAGUGCAGGCUGAAGACUAUGGCACCAUAUUGGAAAAACUUGGUGGCAAAGUCGUUCGCAGUGGUGCAAAAAGUCUCAAAGGCUUAACCACUGAUAUUGAUCAAUAAAGUAUGUGUUGAAUCGCUUUCUUCAAAUUAAACAAAACAAUGCAUGCAUUAUGUGCAAUAUGGUGUUUGUGUUUUGUUAAUUAUACAUGUAGCUAAUUUUUUUCAGACCAGGCACAGAAACAGGAUUAUUGAACAGUGUGUUCUUUCCUAGUUAUUCCUUUUAAUGAAAUAAACAAUUGCAAAUUAUGAA